AUGGGCAAGAAGAUCGUGUUCAACAUCAGCUCGGAGUUCCAGCUGAAGGCGCUGCUCGGCGAGGGCGCGUACGGGAUCGUGUGCUCGGCCGUGCACAAGCCCAGCGGGGAGGUGGUCGCGAUCAAGAAGAUCGAGCCGUUCGAACGCACGCUGUUCUCGCUGCGCACGCUGCGCGAGAUCAAGAUUCUCAAGCACUUCCAGCACGAGAACAUCAUUAGCAUAUACGACAUCCAGAAGCCCGCGUCGUUCGACACGUUUAACGAGGUGUACAUCAUCCAGGAGCUGAUGCAGACGGACCUGCACCGCGUGAUCGCGACGCAGCCGCUCUCGGACGACCACAUCCAGUACUUCAUCUACCAGACGCUGCGCGGGCUCAAGGCGCUGCACGGCAGCGGCAUCAUCCACCGCGACCUCAAGCCGUCCAACCUGCUGCUCAACGCGAACUGCGACCUCAAGAUCUGCGACUUCGGGCUCGCGCGCAUCGAGCACGGCGGUGCCGCCGACCUCGAGCACCCGCAGGCCGGCAUGACCGAGUACGUCGCCACGCGCUGGUACCGCGCGCCGGAGGUCAUGCUCACUGCCGCCCAGUACACCAAGGCCAUCGACAUAUGGUCGUCCGGCUGCAUCCUCGCCGAGCUCUUCAUGAAGCGCCCGCUGUUCGCCGGCAAGGACUACAAGCACCAGCUCAUGCUGAUCUUCGAGCUGCUCGGCACCCCGCAGGGCGACGACCUGGCUGCCGUCAAGUCCCGCCGCGCCCGCGAAUAUAUAGCCACGCUGCCGCGCUACCGCCGCGCCAGCCUGCGCGCCGUCAUCCCGCACGCGAACCCGCUGGGCCUGGACCUGCUGCAGCGCAUGCUGGUCUUCGACCCGCGCCGCAGGAUCACCGCCGCCGACGCCCUGCGGCACCCGUACCUGGCCACGUACCACGACCCCCGCGACGAGCCCGACGGAACACCCAUUCCCGCGUCCUUUUUCGACUUCGAUCACCACAAAGACAAGCUCACCACUCGUGAUCUCAAGCGCAUGCUGUGGGACGAGGUCUUCCGCGAUACUCAUGCGCCGGUCCGCCCGGACGCGUAG